AUGAGCAGCAGCAGCAGCGGGGAGACCCGCAGCCAGAUCCGCAGCAACAGCAGCAGCAACAGCAACAGCAACAGCUGCUGCUGCAGCUGCCACAGCAGCAGCAACAGCAGCAGCAGCAGCAGCAGCAUUGCUAGAGGAGGUGAGUUUAUAAAAUAUGAAUUGAAAGGCUUUACAGGUCUUUCUGCUUCUUUGUUCCCUCUCCUCCCCCAGCUCAGAGUUGAUAUAUUUUUGUUUAAAGAUAUUAAAAAUGCAAACACCCUCAGAGAGACGCUCUUGCUGCCACCUAGACAGCAGCAGCAGCAGCAGCAGCAGCAGCAGCAGCAGCAGCAGCAGCAACAGCAGCAGCAAGUUGAACAGCAGCAGCAUCAGAGAGAACCUACGACCCAUACGAGAAGCAGCGCUCCAAGCAAUAACAGCAACAGCAGCAGCAACAACAACAACUGCAGCAGCAGCAACAACAGCAACAACAACAACUGCAGCAGCAACAGCAGCAGUAGCGACAUAGCAUCUCAUGCGUUGAGCAGUUUGCUGUCGGGUUCUUUAUCUGCAACAGUCGAUGCUGCAGUUUGGGGUGUGGGGCGAGUGUGGGGCUUUUUGCUGCUAAAUGCAUGCGCUCUGCUGUCUCUGGAGCAGCUGCAGGUGGCGCUGCUGCGGUGUCUCUGCUGCUGCUGCCAGCGCAGCACAAAAAGUAAAAGCUUCUUUACUGAAUUUAUCUUAGCUUUAUCUGGAGGCAGCAGCAUUUCUGCUGCAAUUAAUAAACUCACACUGCAGCAAGACACGCGCAAUCUGCUGCUUGUUUCCUUCUCCGAAACUCUACCCUGCAGCAGCUGCUGCAGCAGCAACUGCAGCAGCAGCAGCAGCAGCAAGAUGAAGCCCCUCAUCCCUUUUAAUGCAGGCUGCAUGCUCUUCUCUAAGGGAGAAGGGAGAAGCAUUAUUGACGAGCUGCAGCUGUCAGCAGCAGCAGCAGCAGAUGCAGCAGCAGCAACAAAUGCAGCAGCAGCAGCAGCAGCAGAUGAAGAGCGAAGGCAGAAGCUUUUGCUGCUCGCCCUGCAGCAAAUCGAAGGAGAGAAUGUGCCGCUAGAUAACGCCUCCACCUACAGCAGCAUAUCCAGAUCGCUGCAGCAGCAGCAGCAGCAGCAACAGCAACAGCAGCUGCAGAAACUGUAUGGAGUCAGCAACGCAGAAGCGCAGCUGCCUGGCGGGCUGCAUGCUGCUGUCAUCUCGCGAGUCGCUGCUCGUCAUAUCUAA